ACUUAAGCUUCCAGGUCACAGUUCACCUUUGAAGGAAGCUGAGGCAGGAACUCCUCUAAGGACUGGAGCAGAGACCACAGAAGAACGCAGUCUGCUGGCUUGUCUGCUCACAGGUCUGUGCUGUUAGCUUUCUUACACAGCGCAUGAGCGCUUGCCAAGGGAAUGGUGUCUCUCACAGUGGACCGGACCCUCUGUGUCAGCUAACAAUCAAGACAAUCCCCAGAGGCAUGUCCACAGGCCAAUGUGAUCAGGGUAAUCCCUCAUGGGAGGCGUCCUUCUCAGGAGAAUCUGGGCUGUGUCAAGUUGGGAAUUAAUGCUGUCAAUUUUCUUGACCUCCCCUGACUCCUCCCUUUCUAUGCUCACACUACAGCUCUGUGAUGGUGGCUGUAUUAGUCACUUUUUAAUUGUUGGGGAUGGCUGCUCCUAGGCUUCCCCUGGGGCUCUGAGGUAUGGAGAGGAAUGUAGUUCCUUGCAUAACCCCAGGAACAUGCUGGGCAGUCAGGAACAGCCUCGGGUGGGAUUCUUGGGGAAGCUGAGGCUUCUGACCCUGGGACCCCAACUCUUCCCCACCAAGGGGCUGUGGUCAUCAGUCCCAGGAUCUCUAGGUGCUCUCUCUGUGACCACAUGAAAUAUCUGGUACAGCAUCGUCUGAUCAGCUUCCUGCUGUCUGCGUCACAGUGUCUGACAGCUUUCUGCUGACACUCUCCGAUUUCCCCUCUGCAAACCAUAUGCAAAAUGUUGUGCUACUUAAUAAAUUUGCAGGGCAGAAGUUAUCAGCUCCUGGUCCUAUCUUUCCUGUCUUCUUCAUUUUUCUCGUCCAGGUCCUUCCUCUCAUGACCCUGCACUGAAGCCUGCUGGCCCAGGUCACACCAUGACCACGGCACCUUAGGAAAGGAAGGGUUCGUUUGGGGUGACUGUUCUAGAGGGUUGAGUCCACGGACAGUGAAGCAUGGCAGCAUGCAGCAGGCUAGAACAGGAUGCUCCAAGCUCACAUUUUGGUCCAUAAGCAGAGAGCACAAACUCAGAGGAAGGUAAAGCCUUAGGCUCUUAAAGCCGACCCCCUGUGACACACUCCCUCUAGUAAGGCCACACCUCCUAAAGUGCCCCAAACAGCACUACCAACUGGGUACCACGUGUCCAAAUACCCGAGACUGUGGGGACAUCUCACCAGACCACUAAAGGUGGACCCGUCAGCGAGCCUCCUGGUGAAUUUUAAGGUGCAUGGUAAGGCAGUGACACUGAAAUCAAGGUCUGAGUUCAAAUCCCCAGUGCAGUCCUUCGUCUGAGUGUGAUCAGGCUCACUGUCCCUCUGCUGGACAGGAGGAUGGAGAAGGCAGAGGCUGCUGUGUACCACCUCCUACAGCAAAGCCGUGUGCACGUCAUUCUUGAGCACAACUCAGGAUUGAGAGGGGCAGGUCAGCAGGAAAAGGACUUCAGACAGCUCUGGCCUCAGUCUGAUGGUGACUGAGGGAAGCAAAGGCAUGUGUGGUUUACACACACGACCCUCACGCAUGUUCAGAUGCCAUGGUGCAGGCAUGAAGUUGUUCAGGGAGUAGAGCUGGGACAUCCUGGAGCUCAGGGUCUUUGAUGAGCUUCAUGGAGGGGUUUUCUAUGUGAAGCCAGAGCAGAGGCUGAGGCAGGGGAUGGCGGUGUCUGCAGGAGGCUCUAGGGUUGUGGUUGCAGAGACAGCACAGGCCAAUGCACUUUGGAACCUUCGGAAGGCUGCCCCAGAGGGAGCUAUGUGGACAGCGGAGGCCAGGGACAAGCCACAGCUAGUGGUCAUGGGAGACUUCAGUAAGAGAGGGGAUAGACAGGAGAGAGUGAGUGAUUUUCCACUCACGUGAUCAGGCCAGGGGUCUCUGUAAGCUGGGAAUGCAUUACAGCUGUUCACUCUAGCGCCUGCCCACUUGGGACCUCCACGGUAGGGGCACUGGCAACCAAGGAGUUGCUGUAGAUAGCUGCUCCUCACCUCCUGGGGCCUGCAUGGCUUCUGAGGUUCUUUGCUCCAAACUCCAGGCCGGCUCUUCCUCCUUCAUCUGCUCACCUUUCUUUCUGGUGCUCCAGGGGACCAAGAGCCAAAGUAGGUUGGCUGGGGACUCUAGGAGGGGCACAGGAGAGGUGCCAGACAGGUCAGGGAUGCAGCUGCCUUGGAGAGGCAGCAGCUUCCAGAGCUAAGCACACACAGCCUGGACAGCCCUGCACGAGGUUCGGUGUCUUGUCCAGAAGGAGCAGGUAAAGCGACCCUGUGGCCGCGUUGUGCGCUCUCCAGAGCUGUGUGUACAGUGUGGGUGCAGACGCCUGCCUUGCUCUGCUUACAGUAAUGGGUGCUCUCGGGUCUGCCCGCCGCAUCCUCGGACUCCUUGCUCCAUGCUGGGAGGGGUGAGGAGGCAGAAGUCGCCUUUGCUAGCCGGCCAGCUGGCGAAAGUCACCUUCCCAAGGCCCGAGUCCCUCCUAGACACCUCCUUGCCACAGACUGACUGACACUGGUGUCUAAAGGCUUAGCGCCGUUCUGCCACCUUGGUCAAAGGCUCACCCUGCCUCUCAGACCUCCUCACGAGGUGGCCUGGGCUUCCUCAGGCCUGUAGUACUGUCCACAACUCUGUCCCUUUCCUAGGCUGAGUCGUUCACAAGUCCUGGUCGGUCUGGGUCAGCCCUGUGCCCUGGCUGCUCCAUGACAUCGUCAUUUAAAGGGGCUUCCCCAUUUACAUCCUACGGUUUGUAAAUUCCUUUUGUUUAUGUGUUUAUUUGACACGGGGUCUCAUGUAGUCCUGGCUGAACUUGCUGAGCAGCCAGGGACAAACUUGACCUCACACCCUCCCGCCCCCACCUCCCAAGCGCUAGCAUUAGACUCAUGGCCCGCCCUGCCUCCUGCUCAUCUCUCUAUAGCCUGGAGCUACAGGUGUCUUUGUGUUUUGUUUCUUGGUUUUUUGUUUGUUUGCUAUUAUUAUCGUUGUUGGUUGUUUUGCUUUUGGUAGCUCAUGCAAUAUCAGUUGUAUUUAUUUACUUUAAAUCUCUCACGUGUGUGCAAGUCAGGACAACUUUUGGGAGCUCAAACUCAGGCUGUCAGUCCUGGUGGCAAGUGUCCUCUCCUGCUGAGCCACCUUGCUGUCCUGUGACAGUUAACUGGAAUGCGUUUGAUGAGCACGGUCUUUCGAAUGAUGCUCAGCAGUGAGUGUGGCACGUUGGGAAGCUGGGUAUAUGGGGUAACAGGGGGCCUGGGGCUGCCUCCUCUCUUCCCUCCUCCUGAGCCCUCUUCCUUCCUACCCAGCUUUGUGCUCUCCCACCCCUCAGCAGGAGUGCCCAUCCCUUCUUCUCAGCCCCGCUAGUUCACAUGGAGCUUUCUGGUCCCCGGGUGAGCCAGUCAGCAAGGUUCUGACCCCUGAGGGCAAGGUGGCCUUAGAGCCCUAGCCAGGUCUCCAGAGGGCCUCUGGUUCUGUCACCUGCUGUGAGUGGGAGCCAGACUUGGGUGCAGAACAGAAACUUGAGGCUAAAGAGGAAGUGGGGGACAUGCAGGUGGUGCUGAGGAGAAAUGAGCAGACUCUUACUUCACUAUGGUUUCCUCCUGGGAUUUCUCAGCUUUCCUCACCCCGGUCUUACGAGGCAGGAGACUGCAGCUCCUCCGUGAGCCUUUAUCUGGUUCAGUUCAGGAGCCCAGACACAAAGCCUGUGGCUGGAGGAUCCACGGGGCCACGCAGGCCUUGCUCACCUUCUCUCUUGUCCACGGCGGUCUCUGCUCCCUGAGCAGUUCGUCCCACACUGGCUGUGGUGGCUGCCUGGGUCCUGCCCUGCCCUGGUCUCCUCCUCACGGCAUCCCUGCCCCCUUCCCUGCUCCUCUCCCCAGCUCCAGAAGAGGACCUAUGGCCUGGGAGGCCUCAUGCCUGCUAUCCCCCAUCCUGCUGGUGCUCCUGGCCUCAGGCUCCUGGGCACAGGGCACAGAAUCUCUUCAAAGAGUGGAGGGAACGAGGCUUUCCGUGAAAUGCUGGUAUGAUCCCAGCCAACACUUAAAGGAGAAAAUCUGGUGUGUGAAAACACCAGCAGAUACUUGUAACAUCUUAGUGUCGAGUCCUGCAGGCAGAGAUGCUCAGGGAGGACGAUCCUUCAUCUGGGACAAUCCUGACUCUAACUCCUUCACUGUCAUCGUGACUGCGUUGAGGACAACAGACUCGGGUUCCUAUCACUGUGGGACCCUCGAAAGCCGCAGAAUGUUCACUGUUCUCAGAAGCUUCAGCCUAGUGGUGUCCAAAGAUAAUUCAAAUACUCCUGCCUCUGGCAUGACUUCAACUUGGACAGUAACUGAAGUUCCUACCUUUAAUCCCACAGAAGACCUGAAUGCCAUCUCUGCCAGGGUCUCCACGUCCAGCAUUGUUGUCCCUGUGGUCUGUGGACUCUUCAGUAAGACCCUGGUCUUCACGGUCUUGUUCGCUGUCACACAGAAGUGUGUGUCAUUUGGAUGACAGACCAUGAUGCCAUGCACAGUGACCUCUGACUUUCAGCCAUGUCUGUCUCACGGGAGGAGCUGGGGGUGGGGGCUAAGGAGGGACUGUGACGUGAACUGGGCCUGUAAUCGUGGGUGGUAUCUAAGGCUCAGGAUGUCCUGCUGGCCCUGCUCACCCCCUCAGUCCACCCUCAUCCUUGCUGUGUGCUGUGCACCUCAGAAGAGGGCAAACUGCCCAGGCCUCUGGCCAUCGCGCCUGAGUAGACCAGUUGGCCUGCAAUAAAGACGGAACCCAGUGCUCCUAGUGACACCUUCCAUGGAAGUCGGGAGAUUUAGGGGUCAUCACUGCUCACCCUGCCCCUGUCCUUCCCUUGGGCGGUGCAAUUCUAGCCACCUGGGCCGGGCCCUUGCUCAUGAAGCAGCCUGCUCUCCCAGCCUCCGGGGCCUUCCUCUCUGGGAAUCCGGCACUCAGAUUUGUCUUCAUCUGUGGUCCUCCGAACUGAUGGGUGGGUAAUAAAAAUGCAGUGCCUACAUACGAUGAAAUUUCAUUUAAUUGCAGAGAAAAGAAUGAACUAGUAAAUUUUCAGGUAGAUUGGUAGAACUGGAAAAAAAUAACACCAGGCGAGGUAACCCAGGCCCAGAGAGACAAACCCUGAAUGUUCUCUCUCAUAUGUGGAUUCUACUGUCAAAUCUUUCAAACUGUAUGUUUAAACUGAAAUAUCUGUAUCAGCCAGGAAGUUGGAAAGCAGCCUGAAAGGAGGGGAGAUGCUCUGGGAGAGGAAAUUGCAGAACACAGGUUAUGAAGGGGACAGGAAGUACUGAGGGAGGCUAAAUAAAGAAGGGAAUGAGAGGGGCAAAGAGGACGGGGUCGGAUAAGCAGAGCAAACACUAAGGGUAUUUGUAAAAGCCAUAUUGAAAUUACUGUUUUAUAAAAGUAUACACAUGCAUGAUGGGAGAUGUCAUUCUGUAAAUAUGUUUCUCUUAUUGGUUAAUGAAUAAAGCACUGUUGGCCAAUAGGAAAGCAAGAUAGGCGGGACUAGGAGACAAGGAGGAGAGAGGAGGUAGUAGUAGGGAGAUCCAAGAUGGUAGACUGACAGAGAGUACGCCAGCCCCUCUCUCCGGUAACUUAGAUUGAUAGAAAUGGGUUAAUAUUUAAGACAGAGCUAGCCGAUAAGAAACUAGUAACUGGCCUACAGCUUUAU